CCGGUCUGUCGUUGCUAUAGUUACAUCAACACAACUGUUGGUUCCGCUACACUGUCGCUGAAGCUGGACCGUCUAUUAUUGGACCUAAAGAAGAAAAUUAUAUCGCGUAUCUUUCACAUUAGUAAGACCAGGUGGUAAAUGUGUUUUGAAUUUCACCUCUUUAUUUUUCCAAAGAUUAAAAGUCACGAAAAUUUGAGGCCAUUUUCUGUCCUCCGAGCUACGUUCAGCUUAGCGCUUCUGUUCUCCCAGUAUAAGCAUGGAGUUCGGGGAGAAGCUCAAAGAGCUCAAUUUGACAGCGUAUGAAGUCGACAGGUUUACGAAAGCUUUCAAAGACGAGAAAUUCCGGGAAAUGCUCCGGGAUUACACCCAAGAAAUUUUAGACCCCGAGAACAGGAAAAUGUACGAAGAAGAGAUCAAAAUCCUGGAGCAGGAGAGAGGCAACACCGUCGAGUUUAUCCACCCAGAACCGUUUAGGGCCAUCAAAACCAGCGUGGACGGCAAGCAGAAAUGUUUCAUCAACAUUUGCGCCAGUGAUAAAGUUGGGAAGCCUUCAUCUAAGUGGGUUGUGUCGGAGAAUGGCCGCAGAGGUCAGUGUUGGUCCUUGCCUCACAGUCUGCACCCUGGGAGGCAGGACACAGAUCCUAAAGGUAACAAAAUGAUGAUUUAUGAUGUUGUUUUCCACCCUGACACUACCCGCAUGGCAAGCAAAAACAAGAGCUUUCUGGAAAUGGUGGACAGUAUAGCUAUCCAGGGAAUCCAGGACACCUUUAAAGUGACUCUGGACAAAAAGAACACGAGAGAAAUGAAAACAAAAUACAAAGGCACCCCACAGCCCUGUGUUAUAAGAAAAGCCAUACCUGGAUUCAAAGCCAAGGAGUCUUCAGACUCUCCAGACCCCCUUGCCUUUCCGUACCCAGAUGAAAAAAGACCGAGCACACAAUCAAAGCCCACAGAGGCACCUAGUACAACAAAAAACAGUACUGAUUCUAAACCUCAAAGCUUACUGAAAACCAGAGAGCCAACCAAGCCGAACUAUACAGUAAAGUAUCGAUCACUUAUUGAUCUCCAGGACUUUAGAUGCUCUAGAGACUCGGCCCAAAGCCCCAGGCCCAAAGAGAUUGUGGUGACUGUUGAUUUGCCUCUUCUAAAAUCUGUCAAAGACACAAGCCUUGAAGUAAAAGAGAAGAAACUGCUGCUGGAGACCAAGAAACCAGCCUACAGAUUGGAACUACAUUUAGCCUACCCCGUGGAUGAAGACAAAGGAGAGGCCAAGUUCAACAAACAGAGAGGACAGCUCAUCGUCACCCUGCCUGUUCUUUCUCAUAAUUUGCCUCCUGAUUUAUUUGAAGGGCCAGCAAUGGCCAACCAUAAGAGCCCAAGUUGUGAUGAGAGCGAGGAGGACAAAAGUGAGGUUGAAGAAGAAGACAAACAGAAAAAGAGGGAAGGGGAGAAAAGGGAGCCGGAGCUACAGAAAGGGGCUGAAUUAAAGGAAGAAAGACAAACUGAAAAUGCCAUGCAGGAGAACGGGGGGGAAAAUAGUGAAAAAGAGGAAGACGGAGUUCAAGAGAAAGGAGAAGAACAAAUUAGGGAAGAGGCGAUCGGUGCAGAUGAGGCAAAAUGGAAGAAGGGCCAGGAAUACGUGGAGGAGGAAACAGUAGCUGAAGGUCACAAAGGCAGAAAAGCGCAGGAGGAGCAUAAAUUAAAAGAGGAGAAGCAAUGGGCAAAACAAAGUAAUCAGAAUGAAGAUGAGAAGUCAAGUGAAGGUGGACGUGACAGAGCAGCAGAGGAUGAUGAUACUCUGUGUGAAGCUUCUGCCCUGAAAAGAGGCCCAGUGGCUGAUGAUAGGGGCCUUGUGACUGAAAAUCAGCACAUUUUAAUCUCCGCUGAACAAUCCCAUGGUGCAAUAAGAGAGGAAGAUGUAAAUCUGGCCUCUAGUUUGGAGGAGGCAUCCAAAAUGAAACCUUCAGAUAUCCAAGAGAAGACUGAAAAGAAAAAAGCAAAUGUAGCAGGAAAGGCGCAGGUGGAACAAGAUGCAGCAUUUCAGAACCAGACAUCCAGUGACGAAGCCAGAAAAACAGCCAUGGAUGAGUGCGACACUUCUGAGAGGGUUGUGAAGUCCAAGGAUACGCGUCCAACACGUAACGUGAAGACAUCAAGCGGAGGAGAAUCGGGCCAGCGGGUCACCUUCUGCUCUGAAGACGUCACUGUAGGCUCAGCAAAGCAGGAAAUGGAUGAAGAUGACCUGCAGAUGGAGCAAAUCUCACCAGUCUUACAACGUAACAAGCCUCCACCUGUAUUACUGAGGGAAAUUGAUAAGGAUGGAAAUGAGAUAGUAAUCAGUGAUCAUACAUCAUCAGCUGGGUUCACCUUCCUAAACACUCUAAUGUACGAGCUGGACUGAUGGUGCUGUGAAGGAUGCAGAAACAUCGCUCGGAAUUUUUAAAAACCUGAUGUUCCUGUUUUGUUGAUUUCAUGCAAACUUGUGACAAAAAUGGGGAAUAAAUAAUUUGGAUCCAACAGAAUAAAGUACUUAAGACAUGA